AACAGAAGCUGGGACAAAACAAGAGUUUUGCAUCAAAAUUUUUGCAUCAAUUUCCUGGUCAAAAGAAAAAUUUCUUUUCGAUUUUUUCGUUUAACUUUUUUCUUCUUCUUCAAGUUGAUUAAAAUUUCGUUACAAGCGUCUUUGCCUUUCAAGAUCAAUGCUCAUGGUAAGCGAAAGUUUCAAAGUUGUUCAAUCUUCUGCAUUCUAUCUGCUCAUGUUCAUAUUAUGUUUAUUAUUGUGAUGUUUGCUUUUCACUUUUUCUGUUGAUUCUUUUGUUCACUAUUGUUGUCUUGUGCUGAGUGCAUCUUUAAGCCAUUGUUUGUUUGUAUGUGUCUCUAUUUACUCGCUCAACUAUCAUCACUUGGAAUGGAUCAUGAAAAGUUAAAUAAUACAAAUUAAAUUCAUUCCUAACUUGUUUACUCUCAUCUCAACUUUAUACUGAUAACAAAAAUUUGCAACUCAAAAUGUUUGCUCAGUUGAAAACUUUAUCAUCAUUAACCAUAAUCGCCAUCAUCAACCAAUGUUUAUCUUGCUCCUUGUUUGAUAUCAGUUGAUAACUUUUACUCCAAAUCAACUUUUCCUUUUUUGUUCGUUGUUUAAUACAGAAAAUUUUUAUCCCACGCUUCGUUCCCAUUGGAAUGCAUUAAUGUUUCAAUAUUUUAUUCAUCUUAUUUAUUCAACCUUAAUAAUGCAACAUCAUCAUUUACCUUUUUAAUUCAUCUUUAAUUAAUGACCCAAAGUUGACGUCAACAUAAUUAUUCAAUUCAAGUUUCAAAGUCUUUUCGCUUUUCUGAACUCUUGCUAAUUCGACCAUUUAAUCAGCUUUUAUCGACUCUUUUACUCAACAUAAUGGCAUUGAAGUUGACAGUAGUGCAGCACGACUUUAGUCAAACCUUGAGUGUUGCCUUUCCAAGUUUCAUGUGUUUUUCGUGAAUUUUGUGUGCUUUUGGAAUUUCAAUUUUUGAUUAGAUUUAAAGUUGAGAAAAAUAUUCAAUUCACUUUGAAACGGAAAUCAACAAUUCAACUUGAUAACUCAUUGCCAAUGAUACAGGGAAUGACUGGGAAUGACUGGGAGUGAAUAAUAUUAGUUGAAAAAAUAUUCGUUUUUUCUUCACUUUUUUGCCUGAUUCUCAAUUGGAUUUAAAUUGUGAUUGCACCGCAAUUUGGGAUUUUUUUGCUUCUCUCAACAACGAAUUCGAAAAAACGAAAAAAUCGAAUUUUCCACUUUUUGGAAUGCAAAUUUUCUACAUCAAAUUGUAUUUAUAUUACCAUCUAUUUUAUUACAGCUUUUAUCAUGUUACCUGUUCGGUUCAACCUGAAGCCACAAUGGUUGACGAUGCAAAAUCUUCAGAGAACCGUCCAUGUGCCUCAUCAGAAUUUCGCUGCCACAAAGGAGGCUGCAUUUCCCUUCAGUGGCAUUGUGAUUCAGAUAUCGAUUGUAAAGAUGGUUCUGAUGAACUCGAUUGUGACAAAGUUCCAAUGGAUCAUGUAAAAUGUCCUCCUGGUAAAUAUCGUUGUCGUAAUGGACGAUGCAUCGCUGAAGCCUACCAUUGUGAUGGAGAUAAUGAUUGUGGUGACUGGUCGGAUGAAGAUAAAUGUGAGGGAAAAGUUGAAUGUCAAAGAGGUGAACUUCGCUGUGCUGAUGGAGGUUGCAUCAAUUUUGAUUGGAAAUGUGAUGGUGACAAGGAUUGUGAUGACGGUUCAGAUGAAAAGGAUUGUCCUUCCAGACCUUGUACAGAAGAUCAGUAUCGAUGUCAUUCGGGUCGAUGCAUUCGAGCAGCUUGGCGAUGUGAUGGUGACACUGACUGCAGUGACAACUCGGAUGAAGAAAACUGUGGCUAUCGAACCGAGUGUCUAACUGGACAAUUUAAAUGUGACGAUGGAACUUGCAUCAGUCAAUAUUUUGUUUGCAAUGGAGCGCCCAAUUGUCCGGAUGGAUCCGAUGAAGAUGCCAACAAAACUUGCCUCAGUUCAACUCCUUGCCGUGAAGAUGGUUUCCCUUGUCAACACUUGUGUCUUGCCUCUGACUCGGGUCACCAUUGUGGUUGUAAGCAAGGCUAUGAGUUGGCUCUUGACGGUCACUCUUGCCUUGACAUUGAUGAGUGUGUUGCACGGGAACUUUCAUGUUCCCAGCGAUGUGAAAACUCGGUUCCCGGAUUUCAGUGUUUUUGUGCUCAAGGAUAUACCAUGAGUGAGGACAAGAUUUCAUGCAAGGCAAGUGGACCCGAGCCUUACAUUAUUUUUGCCAAUCGAGUAGAUAUUAGACGGGUGACACUUGAUGCCUCCGAUUACACUGCAAUGGUAAGUGAUCUUCAAAAUGUGAUUGCCUUGGAUUUUCAUUAUCAACGACAAUUGAUUGUCUGGUCUGACAUAACCACGGACACUAUUUAUGUUGCCCACUUGAAUGGCUCUUCAAUCCAACCCAUCAUCUCUUCUGGUCUCGUCUCACCGGGUGGACUGGCUGUUGACUGGUCGGCUGAUAGGCUUUACUGGACCGAUUCGGGGACAGGAAGAAUAGAGUUUGCCAACUUGGAUGGUUCCAUGAGAAAGGUGCUCUUUUGGCGCAACAUUGAAAAACCUCGAGCCAUUGUGGUCAAUCUGGAAGAAUCUUUUCUCUACUGGAUUGACUGGGGUUCACCGCCACGCAUUGAAAGAGCACACUUUGAUGGAUCGGGAAGAGAGUCGAUCAUCUAUACAAGCCUUUUCUGGCCCAAUGGGCUAACCAUCGACUAUCCAGCCAAUCGACUCUAUUGGACUGAUGCAAAACACCAUGUAAUUGAAUGUUCAAGGUUGGACGGUACAGAUCGAAGGUCAAUCAUUCAAGGUGAAACAUUGUUGCCUCAUCCUUUUGCUAUAACUGUUUUUGAAGAUACCAUUUAUUGGACAGAUUGGCGAACUAAGUCAAUCAAUUCUGCUCACAAGUUGACGGGUCGUAAUGUAAACACUAUCCAUGGGCAGCUUCAUUCGCCCAUGGAUUUACUGGUGAUUCAUCCACUUCGCCAAGCCAAGUAUUCCGACAAAUGUACAGCAUCACCAUCACCAUCAUCAUUGCCAUCAAAUUUAUACUCAUCAAGCUCACUAUCUGCCAAGUUGACGCCCUCGCCCUCUUCCCAGGGAAACCCUUGUUCUCACAUUUGCCUGGCUAAUAACGUGUCCUUUACCUGUGCCUGUCCUACUGGUUUCAGUUUAUCUCCUGAUGGAGCAACUUGUAAUAGCAAACCGGAAACCUUUUUACUCUUUACUCGACGAAAUGAUAUCAGAUGGUUGUGCAUUGAUUGUCCAGAUGAAGACAAUAUUGAUGUUGUCCUUAGUUUACAAAACAUAAACUCGGCCGUCUCACUUGACUGGGAUUAUCCGUCUCUAUCAAUAUUUUGGUCUGAUGUCACCAAUGACACCAUCAAUCGAGCCGACUGGCAUGGAACCAAGCAAACUGUUAUUGCAGGUCAACCCAUGGAUUCACCUUCAGGCCUUGCCGUUGACUGGAUUGGUAACAAUGUCUAUUGGUCCGACUCGGGUCGUAAUGUUAUUGAAGUGGCCCUUUUCGAUGGUGGCAUUAGAUCAAUUGUCAUCUGGUCUGGUUUAGAUCGACCUCGAGAUGUUGUCGUUGAUUCAAUCGUGUCGCUCAUGUUUUGGAUCCAUCGGGAAGGAACCAAUUCAAAGAUUGAAAAGGCUGGAAUGGACGGAUUGGAACGAAAAGUAAUCUUGUCACACAAUUUAACCUGGCCUCAUGGGAUGACUCUUGAUUUGUACGAGAGGCGUCUCUAUUGGUCAGACAUUGGUUCCAAGACUAUUGAAUCAUCUGAUUAUGAUGGUAAAUAUCGGUUUACCCUGAUAUCGGGUCAUGUCAAAAAUCCAUUUGGCCUAACAAUCUAUGAUCGUUAUCUUUACUGGACCGACUGGGAAUUGAAGACGAUCCAAAAAACUGAUAAAAUGAGAGGUGAAGAUAGUAAAGUAUUGCUCAAAGGCUUGGAUAAUCUGAUGGAUAUUCAAGUGUUUCACUCACAUCGUCCCAAUCGAUCUUCACCUUGUACAGGUUCACCUUGUCAACAACUUUGCCUUCUUAGUCCAACAGUGCCCGGAUUCAAAUGUGCCUGUUCCACUGGCCUUGCCUUGGGAUCUGAUAAAAAAUCGUGUGCACCUGAUAUGGUCAAGUUUCUAGUGAUAGCAACACGAACCAGUCUUCGUCGAGUUUCCCUUGAUGUUCCCUAUUUUGCUGAUGUACUUGUUCCCACAGUCGGUGUGAACCUUUCCAAUGCCUUGAUUGUGGACAUUUAUCCACCCGAGUCAACAGUCUUUUGGUCAGACACCAAUACAGACAUUAUUUACCGAGCUCGCUAUGAUAUUGGCGGCAACUCGGGUGAAAAGUCACUAGUCGAAGAGAUUGUGUCCAUUGGAUUGGGUGAUGUAAAUGGCCUGGCUGUCGAUUGGAUCGGAGGUAAACUGUAUUGGACCGAUGCUGGCCGUAAACGAAUUGAAGUUGCCAACCUUGAUGGUUCUUCUCGCAAGUCACUCAUUUGGACGGACCUCGACUCACCACGAGCCAUUGUUUUGCACUACUCGUCGGGUUACAUGUUUUGGACUGAUUGGGGUUCAGUUACUCGCAUCUCUCGAGCUGACAUGGAUGGAUCAAGGAGAGCACUUUUACUCGACAGUGGACUUGGUUGGAUCAAUGGUCUAGCUGUAUAUCGAAGUUCAACCUCUUCUUCGGGAACCAAAUUGAUUUGGGUUGACUCGCAGUUGCACACGCUGGAAAUGGCUGACAUUAAUGGUGCCAAUAGAAAAAUUUUACUCUCAAAUCUUCCAUCGCCUUAUGGUGUAACCGUCAUUGGAGAUGAAAUUUAUUGGACUGAUUGGGAAACGAGAUCGAUUCAUCGAGUCAUUGGUGAAGAUCCGCGAACAUCGACAAUCCUUUUAUCAGGUUUAACCAACAUUGCCGACUUGUCAGGAAUUGACUUGAACAGACAGGAAAUUAAAAACACUGUUGAUGUGUGCAAAAUGAACAAUGCAGGCUGCUCUCAUCUUUGCCUGCGCAACUCGUGGGGCUACUCAUGUGUUUGUCCUGCUGGCUAUCAGCUUCUGUCAGACAAGAAGACUUGUUCAUCCAAUUUAACGGCAUUUCUGUUGUUUGCCAGUAAAAAAAGUUUACGGCGAAUCUCUUUGAACACUGAAGGUUUAAACACUUAUGCCGAUGUCUACCUGCCCAUAAAUGAUAUAACAAAUGCAGUUGCCAUUGACUUCGACUAUCAAGAUCAAAUGAUUUUCUUUUCCGACAUUUCUCUUCAUCUCAUUCGACGAACCGAUUUCGAUGGCUCCAAAGUGACCAAUGUCAUCUCGUCUGAUUUGGUGCGUCCUGAUGGAUUAGCUUUCGAUUGGGUUGCCAACAACUUGUACUGGUCAGACACGGGACGUAAUGUGAUUGAAGUUUGUCGUGCCAAUGGUGAGUCGCGUCGAAUAAUUAUCGAUCUGAAUCUGGAUGAACCUCGUGCCCUAGCCUUGUAUCCAACAAAAGGUUUACUCUUUUGGACGGAUUGGGGUAAAACACCCAAGAUUGAACGCUCUUACCUUGAUGGAUCAGCUCGUCUCUCCCUCAUCACAAGUGACUUAGGCUGGCCCAAUGGGAUAACAGUCGACUAUGAUGUUGACCUAAUCUAUUGGGUUGAUGCACAACUUGAUCGAAUCGAAUCAAGUGACUUUGACGGUGCUCAUAGACGAACCAUAAUCAAAGACAUUUCCCAUCCGUUUGGCUUGACCAUUUACGGUCCACACGUUUACUGGACUGAUUGGCAAGUCAAAGCAAUUGAAAGAAGUGACAAAGAAGGUAAACGACAAGCCAAAGAACUGGUUGUCGACAACAUUGAAUAUCUCAUGGAAAUUAAAAUGGUUGCCCCUUCAAGGCAACCAGGAACAAAUCCAUGUGGAAUUGGUAAUGGAGGUUGUACUCAUUUGUGCCUAUUUCGACCUCAGGGUUAUAUCUGUGCCUGUCCUACUGUUCAAGAUUCAAGACCAUGUUCUCAAGUUCCUGGUGAUAUACUCAAUUUAGAGACAAGUUCAACAGUAUCAGCAAACAAUGAGAAUGUUGGUAAAGAUAAUCUGGAUGAAAUUGCCUAUUUUGAUAAGAAAUUUACUCGAAACAAUGUAACUUCGAAAGAAUGUCUUGAAACUGGAACUUCAUCAACAUCAUCAACAGUAACAACCCCAACUGGAUGCCCUUCCGUUGGUAUUUCCCUAGACGAUCCUUUUUUACAAAUGGCUUACAUUGCCACAGCAGCGGCCUUACUCUUGUUGACCUUACUUUUAGCCUCAAUUGGUCUCAUAAUUUAUAAAAGAAAAUCAUCUUCAUUGGGUUCUUCUGAAGAUGCUCGCUCUUCAACAUCUGAAAUUACAGACAAAGUUUAUCCUCCCAUUUGUGAUGAACCACUCCCACAUCCGACCAUUUACCAACAUCCCAUUAAAUUAGACACCAGAUCUUUACCUCGUUCACCUCAAUCAACGCCUCCCUCACCUCGAACCUCUUACAACCAACAACACCGAGGACAAGUUAAACACCAACAGCAAGUUGAACAUCAUUCCCAGCAACAGCAUUACAGUCAAGAGUCUCACCUUCAAUAUGCCAAGAGCAACCCCAACACUCGGUCCAGCAAUAGUCUUGUACGUGGCUCAACCCAUCCCGAGUCGAGGGACAAUGCACCCAAGCAAGGUUGCUUCCUAUUGAAUCAAGAGAUUUACAGUGAAGAUGAGAAAAUGGGUUUCAAUAGUAGCUUUGAAAGUUAUCCAAGUUACAAGAACUGGGAUGAACCUGGAAUCCUCCUUUCAAUACCUGAUUUAACUGCAGCCUCAGAAACUCCUCAACGAAACAUUAUGGGAACGAAUUUGUUACCAAACAGAACUGGAAACUCACAUUUUAACAAUGUUAAUAACAAUAUCAAUGCCAACAACUACAACAACAGCACCAACAGCAACAAUGAAAGGAACAACAAUAUCAACUUUAGUUCCAUGAAGCGAUCCUUUUCAUCGAUUCACCCUUCCAACUUGCACAUUCCCCUUUGCCCACCUCACUCGGGUCCACUACCUUCAUCAUCAUCAUCAACCUCAUUGGCACGACAACAGCCUCCUUUUACACUCAACAUUGGUCCAACUCCAUAUCACAUUUUCCAGCCCAUGGGCCAGUCAAAUGAACCUUAUUCACUAUCCAAUCGAGGCAACAAUGAAAUUAACGUUUCUUUUGAUGAUGAAGAGAAUGAUGAAGACGAUUAUCAUCAGUCUGGUGGAAGAAGCAUGUAUCAACAUCAACCUCAACAUCAUCAUUACCCUCACCAAGCACACUUGCAACAACACCAUCAACAACAACAGUAUCAUCAACAGCAACAUCAUCAUUCUCAUCACCGUCAACAGUCUAGAAAAAAGUUUAAAUUUAAUUCACUGCAUGCCUCACCAGUCACCAAACGCUCACUUUCACCUCAUCCACUUUAUCGUCAUCCAUCAUUCCAUUCCAUUGAAACUGAUAUAUAAACAUGAAGAAGGGCAAGAAAGGGAAACUUUUCUCUAAGUGAUUCUGAAAGGAUAGAGUGAAAAGUGAGACAAAACUGGUGAGAAAUUGUAAGCCUAAGCAAUACUUGUUAACUUAAUGAUAUUGAAGAACAGAAAACAGAAAAAAAGUUCAAAAACAUGUUCUAUCAAUUUCAUCGUUUCUUUCGUCCUCAAGUAUCUCUGCCAUCUUUAAAUAUGCUCAAUCAUCUUCAUAUUCAUUAUUCAUCCAACUUUUUCUGUGUUUUUGACUCUUUCGGCCAUAAAUGCAUAAAAACAAGACAAUAAAAUAAACUUGUGCUAAUUGGAGAAAAAUUUUAUCGACAAAUUUUUAAAAUCUGUUCUGUAACUUAAAAUGCUAUUUAAAAGUUGAACUGUUUGAUAUUAAUAAAUAAUAAAAAAUG